AUGAGAGAUUACACAGAAAAUAAAGGUGGAAGUGAUGCAUUUGUUACAAAAGGGUUUAAUACUUGGAAAAAUCCCCAGAGUUUAAGAGAUCAUGUAGGAUCGUUGAAUAGCUUUCACAAUAAUGCAUUAAAAAAUGCUGAUGCUUUGAUGAAGCAAAAAUUAUCUUUUAGAGGUCAUGAUGAGUCAAUGGAAUCAGCUAAUAGGGGAAAUUUUUUAGAGCUUGUGAAAUUGAGUAUGAAACAAUUAAGAGGACAGGGCUAUGAUGGAGCAAUUGGAACUUCUUGUAAGAGAAAGGAUAUGAUUCGAGAAGAAUAUCGAAAAAGAAUCGAGGAAGGAAUCAGUCGAGGUGAAAUUAAGACAGGAAAAGGAUUGAAUCAAGAACUCUCACUACAGAGACCUGGUAAUACUUGUUGGGAUUCUCACUACACAACAUUACUGCGGUUGGUUGAUUUAUUUUCUAUUAUCAUUAAAGAGUUUAAUGAUCGUUUUGAUGAGGUAAACACUGAAUUACUUGGUUGUGUUGCUUCUUUAAGUCUUAUUGAUUCAUUUCAUGAGUUUGAUCCGUUGAAGGUUAUGAGAUUAUCUGAGUUUUAUCCCAAAGAUUUUACUUCUGUCGAUCGAAUAUCACUUGAACACCAACUUGGUUUGUACAUCGAUAAUAUCCGGGAAGAUGAAAGAUUUGCUAAUUUGAAGAGUCUGGGGGAUCUUGCACAUGUGAUUGUAGAGACAAGGAAAUAUCUUUCGUAUCCUCAGGUUUAUCGACUUCUGAAGCUAGUUUUGACUUUACCUAUAGCCACGACAACGGUUGAAAGAUGUUUUUCUGCAAUGAACAUUGUGAAGACUAGUUUGCGCAACCGUAUUGGUGAUAAGUUUCUAAAUGAUUGUUUAGUCUCUUUUAUUGAAAAGGAAUUAUUUGAUAAGAUGACAAAUGAAAUAGUGAUGAAAAUGUUUCAGGAUAUGAAAGAACGUAGGAUAACUUUAUAA